AUGAUUGGUGGUGAGAUUGGACAUUCCUUGGUUGAAUUGAAAUAUUUGAAGCAUCUCGACUUGAGGGGGAAUUAUUUCACCCGGAUUCCAAAGUUUAUUGCUUCUUUGAAAAGGCUUUCUCAUCUUGACCUCCCAGUGAAUGGAGCUAUUCCUUCUCACCUUGGAAAUCUCACCAAAUUGCAGUUUCUUAACCUAGAGAGUGGUGGUGGUGGUGGUGGUGAUCAACUCAUGACCGCUGAUAAUCUUGAAUGGCUUUCUCAUUUUCCUUCUCUCAGAUUUUUGAAGUUCUAUGGCGCCAAUUUCACCAAAGCCAGCCUUCAAUCUUUUCGCAUGCCGCCUUCUUUAGCAAGCUUAGAAUUACUGGACUGUCUUUUUCCCCAGGUAGAUACCUCAUUUCCUUCUUAUCCAAAUUCCUCCGAUUCUCUAACCAGUCUUGUGAUGCUUGAUAAUACGGUACAUUCCACAACAAUUAAUUGGCUGCUAAAUUCUAGUAGCAACCUUGUUGGUCUACGCCUCUCAAAUUUUAUGACUGGAGAUGCUAGUCAUUUCCAACUUGGAAAGCUCACUAAACUGAAGUUCCUUGAUCUUGAUGCUCAAAUGAUUGCCGAUAAUCUUGAAUGGCUUUCUCAUCUCUCUUCUUUGAGACAUUUUACGCUACACAGUUCUAGUAGCACUAAUUUUGCAGUAAGAUAUCCAAAAAUUCCACCGUCCUUAUCAAGCUUAGAGCUAUCAGGCUGCCAACUUCUUGAGAUCGACAUUUUGUCCUCAUUCUAUGCAAAUUCAUCCAAUUCUCUCACCACUCUUCAGCUGUAUAGAAAUACAAUACAUUCCACUGUGCUUACCUGGUUGCUAAAUUCUAGCGCUAACCUUGUUAACCUUACCCUCCACUAUAACUCGAUCCAUGGCUCACUUCCAAACUCUUUCCAGAAAAUGAAUUCCCUCAUACAUGUUGAGAUUUCUUCCAAUGAUGGACUUGGAAAUCAAAUACCAAAAUCCUUGGGAAAUGUUACCAACCUAAGAAAAUUAGUUUUGAGUGACAUCAAUUUGACCGGAACAACUCCAAGAGAUUUGGAUUUGGGUGGGAACCAACUUCAUGGAGGGUUAAUUCUUGAAGGUGACAAAACAUUUCCCUCUUUGAGAGAGCUAGACCUCUCCUACAAUCUGUUAGAAGGUUUUUUUCCAAUCUGUUUGAGCCGAUUUCCAAAACUUGUUAUUUUAGGCUUGACAGGUAAUCGACUGACAGGACCAUUACCAGAAAGUAUUGGUGAGCUCCAUAAUCUAGAGAGUUUGGAUAUCUCUUCAAGCUCUCUGUCUGGGGUUGUCUCUGAAGUCCACUUCCAAAAGCUUUCCAAAUUAAAGUUCCUGUACCUAUCUUCUAAUAAUUUGACAUUGAGUUUCAACUCCAAUUGGAUUCCCCCUUUUCAAUUGAUUUCCUUAUCAUUGAGUUCUUGCAAGUUAGGUCCACAAUUUCCAAGCUGGCUCCAUACCCAAUUAAAUCUUUCAAAUCUUUUCAUUUCCAAUUCUGGAAUUUCCGGUGCUAUUCCAAAUUGGUUCUCUGAUCUGACUAUAAAAUUGGAGUAUCUACUUCUAUCUUCCAAUCUUAUGAAUGGCACCUUCCCAAACUUUCCAUUCACGUCUAAUCUCAUACAAGUAGUCGAUUUGAGUUCCAAUCAAUUCCAUGGUUCUAUCCCACCAUCUCUGUCAAAUGCAAUAGGGUUGCAUCUCUCUAAUAAUAAGUUCAGUGAAUUAAAGUCUUUCCUAUGUGACCAAAAAGACGGAGCAACCGGAUUUCUUGACCUUUCAAAUAAUCUGUUAUCUGGAAGCCUUCCUGAUUGUUGGUGGAAUUUGAAGGAGUUGGGUGUCCUCAUAUUGGAAAGCAAUGAAUUGUCCGGAGUAAUCCCAGGCUCAAUCGGUUUGUUAUACCAAAUUGCGCAUUUGAAUUUAAGAAAUAACAGUUUCUCAGGAAGUUUGCCAUCGCUGUUGAAGAAUUGCACCAGUCUGGAAGUACUCGAUGUUGGCGGGAAUCAUUUGGAAGGGGAAAUACCCACUUGGAUUGGGGAAAGCUUAACAGAAUUGGUUUUUCUAAGACUGAAAUCAAAUAGGUUCUUGGGAAGUAUACCGCUGAAUCUAUGCAAUCUCCAAUUACUUCAGAUAAUAGAUCUUUCUCUUAAUCAUCUCUCUGGGGAAAUUCCUUCAUGCAUCAACAAUUAUACCUCAAUGGUUCAAGUCACUGGGGAUAGAGAUAACUACAUCUCAGUCGAUUUUCAUGUUGGUUCAGACGGCAUGUCUAAUUCUCUAACUACUGCAUUGAUUACGUGGAAAGGAGUAGAGUACACAUACAAGGAGAUUCUUGGAUUGUUGAGAAUCGUUGAUCUUUCAUGCAAUAGAUUGAUUGGAGAGAUUCCUGAAGAAUUGGCAAGUCUUGCGGAACUAAAUCAACUAAACCUAUCGAGGAAUAAUCUUAGCGGAGUCAUCCCGAAGAAGAUCGGGAUGUUGAGUAAGAUCGAAUCAUUAGAUUUGUCCCAUAAUAAGCUCUCAGGUAAAAUUCCAACAAGCUUUGCCCAAGUAUCUACUCUUGAUUACUUGGAUUUGUCGGAUAACCAACUGUCAGGAAGAAUCCCUACAAGCACUCAAUUGCAAAGCUUUAAUGCUUCUGCAUAUACUGGGAACCUUCAACUCUGUGGGCAACCUCUGACCCCUACAUGUCCUGGAGAUGAAACUUCGGAAGGUCCGAUGAUUUCUGAUGAAAGCUAUGAUGAUGAUGAUAGUGGAGAAUGGUAUGACAUGUCGUGGUUGCGUAUGGGGAUUGGCGCUGGAUUUGCAGUUGGAUUCUGUGGAGUUUGUGCCAAUUUGUUGCUCAAUACUACUUGGAGACUUGCUUACUUCCGGUUCUUGGAUGGCAUGGGAGACUGGCUCUAUGUGAUAAUUCUUGUCAAAUGGGCAAAGUUGAAAAGAAGCCUUUCCACUUAACAGAGCUGUCUCAAUGAAGAUUGCAGAACGUUCAUCAAUCAACAGUGGGAAGUGAUAUCUUAUGCUUCGAGGUGCAGAUUUAUUGGCUGU